AUGUCCCCUCCAGCAUCGGCGGCUGCGACGGCGAGUGAAAGCAGCACGACCACCGUUUUCGAGGAGGACACCAGAGAGGAGCAAAGACCUCUGAAGCAAUCUCUGAGCAAGUCCCUAUGUCGGGAGAGUUUCUGGAAAUGCCUGCUCCUGUCCGUCCUCAUGUACGGCUGCAUGGGAGCCAUGGUCUGGUGUCAUGUCACCAAGGUGACCCGCCUCACCUUUGACAGUGCCUUCAAAGGGAAAUCCAUGAUGUACCAUGACACCCCCUGCUCUGAUGGCUAUAUCUACAUCCCUCUGGCCCUACUGGGCAUGCUCUAUUUAGUCUAUCUUGUGGAGUGCUGGCACUGUCAUGUGAAGAAUGAGCUGCAGCACAAAGUGGAUGUGGAGGGCAUCUAUGAGCGCAUCCAGAGGAUGCAACAAGCUAAACCCUGCAUCUGGUGGAAGGCCAUAAGCUACCACUAUGUUCGGCGAACUCGGCAAGUCACACGCUACCGCAACGGAGACGCUUACACUAGCACCCAGGUUUACCAUGAACGUGUCAACACCCAUGUGGCAGAAGCUGAAUUUGACUACAGUCACUGUGGUGUUAAAGAUGUUUCCAAACAGCUGCUGGGAUUGGAGAAGUCUGCUCUCACAAAGAUGCGCUUCACCAAGUGCUUUAGCUUUGCCAACGUAGAGUCAGAGAACUCCUACCUUACACAGCGAGCAAGGUUUUUCACCGACAAUGAGGGCCUUGAUGACUACAUGGAAGCCAGGGAGGGCAUGCACCUGAAAAACAUUGACUUGAAGGAGUAUGUCCUGGUGCUGUCUGACCCAGAGCACCACCCCUGGUAUCUGUCCCACUAUGUCUUCUGGUUUGCCUCAUUCCUCACGUUCUCCUGGCCUCUCAGAGUCUUCACAGAGUAUCGUACUGCAUAUGUCCACUAUCGUGUAGAGAAGCUGUUUGGGCAUGAUUACCUCCCCGUGACUCCAUGUGACGAUCGGCCAUAUUGGCGCCGUAUCCCUCGUGUUAACACCAUUGACAGUACUGAACUGGAAUGGCACAUUCGAUCCAACCAGCAGCUGGUUCCCAGUUACUCAGAGGCUGGCCUGAUGGACCUGGCCCAGUGCCCGUCCAGCUUCAGUGGGAUCCGUCAGAAUUGUGAGCGCUGCCAUAGAGCCAUCAGCUGCUCCUCCGUGUUCUCCAGGAGCGCCCUCAGUAUCUGUACCGGGGCCAGCUCCCGCAUCCCCUUCAGCGGCAGUCGGUUCUCCUUGGCCAGGCGCUAUGGCUCCCAGCGCAGCUGCUUCUGGAGGAGCGGCAGUUUGGAUGACCAUGAGAGCCCCAGUGAAAACACCCGCUGUCUAUCAGAGCGUCUCACCACAGAUGAUGAGGAACCCCCAGACUAUGAGGAUGCACUUUGCUACCCAGUGCUCAUUGUCCACUGCAGCGAGAACUGCCACAACCACAGGUCGUUCCACAGACAUGGCUCCUGUGUGGAGACUUCUCUAUGA